AUGCUGGGCAGACGCCCCCUCAGCCCCAGCUUCCAUGCCGCGCCCCGGUGGGAACCGCAGCCCGGGGGGCCCGGCCCCGCCAAGCGCCGCCGAGUCCAGGAGCCCGCGGGCCCCGAACACGGAAUGGCGCCCGGCCUGCAGGGCCCGGCCGAGCCCAGGGCCGCCGCUGCGCUCACCUCCGUGGUGGUGCUGGCCGCGGGCUGCGCCCUGCAGCUGCCUCUGGACAGCGGCUUCGACCUGAGGCUGGAGCCCGCGCCCACGUCGGUGCUGCGAGUGCGUCUGGGCGGGCACACCCUCGUGCUGGUGCCCGAGGCGCUCUGGGGCGCGGGCGCGGGGGCGCGCUCGCCGGGCGGCCUGGAGCCCGGCGCUCCCCUGGACGCUCCCGGGGGAGGCGUCGCCGUCCAGCAGGGAUUCUUCUGUGCUUUUGUCCCAGAGAUCGUCGUCCCAGAGUUGGCCGUCCCAGAGAUCUCCAUCCCAGAGAUCUCCAUCCCAGAGAUCGCCGUCCCAGAGAUCGCUGUCCCAGAGAUGGCCUUCCCAGAGGUCUCCUUCCCAGAGGUCGCCUUCCCAGAGAAAAAGGCCAACGACGGGGACGAGGACGCGGACCCCGGGUUCCAGACUCCUUGGAUGGCCGCUGGAACCGGGUUAGGAACCCACCCGCACGGCCCCAUCAGAGCGCCAUGGCCCCAGGCCCCCACGCCUAGCCCAGAGAGAUGCACGCCUGGUCCCUACUACAGCCUGGACUCCCACCUUUGGGAGCCCUUCCCCAGCUCACCGCUCCAACCCCUACCUCCUUCUCCCAGUCCAAGUCCUCAGGUGCGCCCCCGGCGCCCUCUGGGGCCUCCUCCCAAGGCCCGCAGAAGGCUGUUCCAGGAAUGA